AUGAAUUCACCGUUACAUCCGACCGAAAGCUCCGAGCCGAACGCUUCUACGCUCCGUCCCGAUUUUCUCCUCUUUGGAACAAGUGCGUAUAUUCCGUAUGUAUAUGUAUGUACAUCUCACUUUCCCUAGAAUAAAGAAGUUCUCCAAUUAUCCAACCACAAACAAAACCUACAAAUUCCAAAAAGUCCAACAAGACCAACCACGAGAUCCCUCAGCUCAGAAUCCAGAACGCUGA